UGAUAACUCAGCAAACGCUUGAUGGUGCUUAGCACCAUGGUGCUUAACUGCUUCUCUUUUUCACCCSACUUUUUUUCUCAUUUUUGUUUCCCUAUUCUCCCCUACAUUUCUUUCCCUGCCCCUACAGCACCUGUAUUAACCUGUGUUGCCUUUGCUCUUUCUCAGGUGGCCUCUCUGGGAGUCACCACGUUCACGCUGUGCGCUCUCUGCAUCGAUCGCUUUCGCGCCGCCACCAACGUGCAGAUGUACUACGAGAUGAUCGAAAACUGCACCUCGACCACGGCCAAGCUGGCUGUCAUCUGGGUGGGCGCCCUGCUGCUGGCCCUGCCGGAGGUGGUGCUGCGCCAGCUGACCAGGGAGGACCCCGAGUACAGCGGGAGCCCCCCGGGCGAGCGCUGCGUGGUGAAAAUCUCCACGGCGCUGCCCGACACCAUCUACGUGCUGGCGCUCACCUACGACGGGGCGCGCCUCUGGUGGUACUUUGGCUGCUACUUCUGUUUGCCCACCCUGUUCACUAUCACCUGCUCCCUGGUGACAGCGAGGAAAAUCAGGAGGGCAGAAAAAGCCUGCACGAGGGGGAACAAGCGACAGAUUCAGCUGGAAAGUCAGAUGAACUGCACAGUGGUGGCUUUGACCAUUUUAUAUGGAUUUUGCAUCAUUCCUGAAAAUAUUUGCAACAUUGUAACUGCCUACAUGUCCACAGGAGUCUCUCGACAGACUAUGGACCUCCUCCAUCUCAUUAGUCAGUUCCUUUUGUUCUUUAARUCCUGUGUUACCCCAGUUCUCCUGUUCUGUCUCUGUAAACCUUUCAGCCGGGCCUUUAUGGAGUGUUGCUGUUGCUGCUGUGAUGAAUGCAUCCAGAAGUCUUCCACAGUGACGAGUGAUGACAAUGACAACGAGUACACCACAGAACUGGAGCUCUCCCCUUUCAGUACCAUCCGYCGUGAAAUGUCCACUUUUGCCUCUGUGGGGACUCACUGUUAAUUGACCUGAGGAUUUAUUUCCCAUAUCUGUUUCCUUUGUCAUUUUUUUACUUAAUGUUUUUCUUCUUGAAUCAAAAUGCAGGAAAACAAUUUCCUUUAUAAACUACUCUCGAAACCAAUCUGUAUUAACAGUCAUGCUUUGGAAGAUAGUUUGUUUGGCUAUUAAAAGGAAAGAGAGAGAAGGAGAGCCAGCACUCUUAUUUUAAAUUGUGAGAUUUUGUAUGGUGCUAGGAUUUCAUUGCUUGGGGAGGAGGAUCCAUAUCAAUCCACUUUUUUUUUAUUUCCAUAGUAUUUUUUUUGAUAAUCACUGUAAAAUUAUUAUUUAGACAUUGUGGGCUUUUCAAGGUGUUUCAUGUGAAAGAUGUGAUGGAAAGUAUUUGAAGGUAGUUUUAAUCCAAUUACUGUACGCUAYUGUGAGAGGGCUUGGGCUUCAGAAAAUUUAUAAAGUAGCAUAAAAAUAAAUGAGGUUUUAUUCUUUAACUUGAUUGUCAAUCUGCAUUUAACAAAGACACCUAUGAGUAGUAUUAAAUUCCUUUAAUAAGUAAAAAAAAACUUUGCAUAUAAUAAUUUAGAUGGCCAUAUUUAAUUAACAUUUGGGUACUUACACUUGGAGGAUAUAAUUACAGUGUUUAAGGAAGAUGGUUAUAAUGGUAUUAGAUUUAUAGGAAUGGGCUUUUUUAUCAUUAUAUUAUGAAGGUUCAAUGUGCCUCACUGAAAAUUUUCUUCUUAACCUGCAGGUAUACAAAAUCUUGAGUUAUUUUAUGCUUCUUACAAAGAAAAAUUCACUUUAUCACUGAAUUUUAUUGUGUGUGGUUUCAAAAUCAAGAUUCUUUCCAGUACGCUGUUGGUUUUACAUUGAGAUUAUGUUCUCAGUCUCUGUAUCUAUAGCUCCUACUGGCUUCAGUGAAAGUCUCGUUGCAGAGAAAGGCAUUUUUUUGCCAGAGGUUUGCUGACAAUAAAUGUGAGGGACUGAAAGAUGUGGAGAGUGAAUUCCUUCUUUUUUAAAAGGUAUAAACACACUUGGACGCUUGGGGCUUGACCCGAGCCCAUGGCAGUCAAUGGAAAGGUUUCCAUCAAUUUCAGAGGGCUUUGAAUCAGACUGGCAUCUCCUAUUUAUUCUGGGAUAUGUAGCAUGAAUAUUAAUCACAGGGGCUGUAUAUACUGGUUCAGAACCAUGGUGAUCUCACAGAGACUGCUAUUCACUACAGCUCACAGCUCUCAAGCUGGAUUUGAGACCCACGGUGUGUUUGCUGAUGGCUUCUUGCUGUCUGCAGAGUUGUUAAAAUGAGGGUAUGUCAAUACUGCCAGCAGCAGUGUGAUAYAGUAAAAUCUACAGUUGUUAUAAGCAAGCCAGGUUGGAGACUGGAAAGUGCCUAUCCUUAUCAGCAGAGCUUAUUUCCCUGCUCUUGGCUGAAGUAGACAUUCUGUUCUUGGCAGGCAAGCUGGCUCAUAUUUACACUGGGCAGCAGGUUGAAGUGUAGACACAUGCUAUGGAACUGAAUUUUUUAUAGAUAGCUUGUAUUUUAAUACUAAUUAAAUAAAUAAUGCAGUUGUAAUGAGCAGAGGGAAAAUCACUGCAUUCAUGCUUUGAAAUUAACAGUGAAUGUAACUGAUGUAGUCUUACCUCUGAUACCUGCCUCUAUGUAUGUUAAAGAAUUUGCUAUAUCUUCUGGAAAGGAUUCUAUUUUUUGUUUGUAGAUUYCAGACUUAAUAUGUCUAAUCUUUGUAUCUGCUUGGACAAGCAGUGUUUCUUCUUUUUCUUUACCAUUUUAACCUAUUAUUAUUUCMACUGAAGAAACCAGUUGGAAUUAUUUAAUAUGAAUAUGAAUCCAAACAUAYGUGCACUUGAGGUUUUUUUCUGACUUUUGAAUUGGAUAUUGUACCCUAGCAAGGCAAUCUGCUUUAACCACAGGCAUUUGUUUCUGCUCAAAACCUGAGAAAUUACCUAAGUUUUUUUAAUUCUAUUCAACAUGCUCAAUCACUUCUGAAGGUGGGAACUGUCCCUUCCUUUUAAAACCUUCCACCGACUUGACUUUACUUAAUUACAUUCAAUAAAUUUUGAAAGGGAUUAAAGAGAAAAGAGGAAAACAAAAUCUUCCUCACUUUGGUGCCUGUGUUUGCUCAAAUACAUAUUCCCAUAUCUGCAUUUUGAUUUGUACUAUUCUUUCUCACAUGCCACUAUUUAUAAAGAAUGGGAAUAAAACUCCUCUUUUGGUCCUUGCUGAGAGAAUUGCUUCCCUUGGCUGCCUUUYCUGUUACGGCAGGGGCACAAGAAUCUUGGAAAUGAACAGCAGAAUGGGAGGAAGCACUUUAGAAGAAACAAACGAAACAAGAGAAUUGACUUGGAAAUAUUAAAUUUUCACAUUUUGCCAUUUUAGGUGCAAGAUUGCACUGGGACACAAAAUGCCCCAUUGCUCUGGAUGUAAGGUGCUUCCAGCUUUCCAGUCGGCAGUGGGCGUGUGUCAGCUCUGCCAAGAACUGUCACUACUCCCAGAUUACAUG